GUCCUGCACUGUGUGUGUAUGUAUGUGUGUGUUUGUAGUUUGAACACACUGAGCCAGCGGCGAGGCAGACUUAACAAAAGCGAAAGAGAAGAAUGACUUGGGACACUGAGGAGCAAAGAAACUGAGACACUUCACUUUGAUUCGGAGGAUUUAAUAUAGCUGGCUGUGUUCGUGGUAAAGCCAUGGAGCCAUCACUGACCAACAAUCCAGCCACCCCAAAAUCCAGCCCCUCAUCUCCCUCCACCCUGAGGCCAGGCCUGUCCUCUUCCAGCUUAUCUUCUACCACAAUCGCACCAACCUCAGAGCGCCCUAAGCCUAAACUCACCAUGCCAACGCCUCCAGCCACGCCCUCAUCUUCUCCCUCCACCGCCUCCCCUCGGACUUCUCCAGGUCUUUCCUCCCGUUCUUCGUCCCUGUCCACGCCACCUGCCUCCCCUCUCCACCAGCCCAUCAGGAGCCCCUCUCAGGUGGGCAGAUCUCAGCUUAAUGCAGCCUGUACGGGGAAUCCCCCAGCUGGAUCCACAGCUGCUGGAGUUGCUGCUAAGACUCCAAGGCCUCCUCCCACGCCUGAACCAGAAGAGCCGGAGGAGGAGGUCAGCUUUGAGGAUCUGGAGGAGAGAGCAAAGUCAGGAGAUGUUAAAGCACAGACGAAGAUGGGGCGUUACUUCCUGGCACUGGCAGAAGAAAGAGAUGAGGAGCUGAACAACUGUACAGCAGUGACUUGGCUCAUCCAGGCUGCUAAACAAGGGCGCAAGGACGCCGUCAAACUGCUGCAACAGUGCUUAGCCUCCAGGAAAGGCAUCACUCUGGAGAACUUUGAGGAGGUGAAGAAGUUGUGUACAGAGACACGGUUUGAGAGAGGAGUUAGGAAAGCAGCUCUGCUAAUGUACUGGAAGUUGAACCCGGAGAGGAAGAAGUCAGUGGCUGUUUCUGAGAUGCUGGAGAACGUUGAACACGUCCACACAGAGCCAGGCAAACCAGUCUCCCCGGGUCCACUAAACAGCUCUGCCAAGAAACAGAGGAGAGUCCUGGAGACUAUGGUCACCAGAGAGGCCACCUCCCGUGUGGGCCUUGACGACUUUGUUGAGAUGACUAAGAAGUAUGCUCAGGGUAUUGAACCUUCACCAGUCAUGGCUGCAGCAGGAGGUGAUGAUGAUGAUGACGAUGAUGACGUAGUAGUGAAGAAUCCUGAUGAAUUGCCCUUACACCAAAAGCUGCUGAAGUUCCCUCUGUAUGCUUUGCUGGAAAUCAAGGAGCACCUCAUCGACUGGGCUUCAAGGGCUGGCAUGCAGUGGCUCAGCGCCCUGAUCCCAACUCACCACGUCAACGCACUUAUCUUCUUCUUCAUCAUCUCCAACCUCACAAUUGAGUUCUUCAUCUUCCUCAUCCCUUUGUUGGUUUUCUACCUCUCUUUCUUCUCCAUGAUCAUCUGCACACUGCGGGUGUUUCAGAAUUCUAAAGCAUGGGAAAAUUUCCGGGCACUGACAGACCUGCUGACUCACUUUGAACCCGGUCUUGAUCUGGAGCAGGCUGAGACCAACUUUGGAUGGACACACUUGGAGCCUUAUCUGUACUUCCUGCUCUCUGUUGUCUUUGUGGUUUUCUCCUUCCCUGUUGCUGAUAAAUCCUGGAUCCCCUGCUCAGAAUUGGCCGCUGUCACUCUCUUCUUCACUGUUACCGCCUUUCUCAGCCUUCAUGCCUCUGCUCAGCUCUUUGCCCGCAAAGCCCUCCUUACAGAGGUCCUCUCCGGAGCGUGCUCCCUCACUCAGCUCCUGCCAGGCUCAUUCUGGUUCCUCAAGGUCUUUGGGGUGACGUUCAUCACUGUGCCUCUAGGGGACAUGGUGGAGUUUAACCUGGGGAUGCCAUGUCUUUUAUACGGACACCUUUUCUAUCUCCUCUUCCGCAUGGCCCAGCUGAGAGGCUUCAAGGGCACCUACCUGUGCCUGGUGCCCUACCUGGUUUGCUUCACCUGGUGCGAGCUCACGUUGGUGCUCCUCAACAACGCCACUGCAAUAGGACUCAUCCGCACCUGCGUUGGCUACUUCCUCUUCCUGUUUGCCCUUCCUAUACUCUCACUGGGCCUGGCCGCAAUGCUCAUCAUCCAGUUAGUGCAGUGGUUUCUCGCCCUGGAGCUGACCAAAAUGGUGGUCACGCUGACAAUUUGCUUUGUGCCGGUAGUGUUGAGGCUUUGGACCCGAUUCAGCCUAAACCCCAUCGUGGUUUUUCGCUCUUUGUCACGGAGCAGCAUCGUGAAGCUCAUCCUGGUGUGGCUCAGUGCGGUGGUGCUCUUCUGCUGGAUGUACGUCUACAGGUCUGAGGGCAUGAAGGUUUAUAACUCCACCCUGACGUGGCCUGAGUACAGCAACCUCUGCGGCCCUCUGGCUUGGAAAGAGUCCAACAUGGCUCAAACUCAGAUUCUCUGCUCUCAUCUGGAGGGACAUCGCGUCACCUGGACUGGACGCUUCAAAUACGUCCGUGUGACGGACAUUGAGAAUGGGCCACAUUCGGUUAUCAACCUGCUGCCAGUAUUUAUGGGGAACUGGAUGCGGUGCCUGUAUGGUGAUCCGUAUCCUUUGUGUGAGGACGUGAAAAACGCCACGACCGAGCCCCAGCCUCUGCCUGCCCCGGCUCCUCCGCCGCAAGAUCCCCUCUGUAAGCUCAAAAAACUGGCUAAGCACGAGUGCCACAUCAAACGCUUUGAUCGAUACAAAUUCGAAGUCACAAUGGGCAUGCCACUGGAGAGGAAGACCAAGAACGGGACGAUCAUAGAGGACGAGGAUGCCACUAAGGACAUAGUUCUGCGGGCUAGCAAUGAGUUCAAGUCUGUUCUUUUACACUUAAACACAGGAAGCCUGGUGGAGUUUAGCACCAUACUGGAGGGCCGUUUAGGCUCCAAAUGGCCCGUGUUUGAACUGAAAGCCAUUCACUGCAUGUCGUGCGCCAAUGCCCAGGUGCCAAGCCGCAGGCAGUACAAGAUUGAACACGACUGGAGGCGCACGGCUCAGACGGCCCUGCAGUUUGGUUUUGACUUCUUCUUCAACCCCUUCCUGACCGCUCGGCUAGAGCAACACUCAGAGACUGAAACAGAGACUGUGACACAGGAGGGCGAGUAGAGGGAGGGAGAUCUAGCAGACACACCUCCGAUGUGCGGUUAUGAUAAUAACAUCUUCAGUUGGAGGACUACAACGAUUGUACAACACUGUUCUCGUGAAAAUCUUGUUGCAAUAUUGCCGAUUAUUUAGUGCUGUAAGACAGUGGAAAGGUACUCAGACGUAAGUGGUAUCAGUGCUGUUGUAAAUCUGAACUUGAGAUAGUGUGUGUCUGCUUUCUUAGAGCUUUUGAGCCAAAAUGUGUGAGAAUACGUAAUUCAAUGGGUUAAAUUACAAAAGGGGAGAACGUUUUUUAGAAUAAGUAAUUCACUGCCUAACACUAAAGUAAAAAAAAAAACAACAGCUCGUCCGUUGUGCAUUUCAUCCAACUUAAGCUACACUUGUGCUCAUCGCGGGGAGUCUGUCAAUGAAGUUUUUAUUUUGUUUGUUCAUUAUACAAACACUAUGAGUGCUAAAUACAUCUCUGUGUAUGUUUAUCAAAUAUUUGUAGCCAAAAUCAUCAGUAUUUACAUUUUACAGUUUCUUUGUUGAACUGUUGAACCCUAUUUUGUUUCUAGGCAACAAAUUAUAGAAGAAAAGGUUGUAAUGCUGAUGAUAACUUUGUAAAGGUUGCAUUUGAUGUCAAGCUUUAAUCCUUUAACAUUAUACAGUAAUUUACAUAUACAGUAUAUAUACUGUACAGUACAGUACGUAUAAUAUAUAAUGAUGACAUUGAUGGUAUUGGAAAUGUCAAGUGCCUUAUGACUAAUUUCAAUAGAGAAUAAACUAAAUCAUGUCUUUAAUCUUUAACCUUUAAAUAGCUCACCUGCAUAUUUAUUACAGAGCAGUUUUUUAUCUCUGCCUUCUCUCUUCUCAUGUCUCUUUUUCUCCUAUAGCUGUUCUUUCUCCUCUUUCGUUUGUCUCCAUCUCUGCUGUGCAGAGAUUUAAUAUAUUGAAUAUUUGCAGUCCCAGAGGUGAUGAUGUGUUUUACGUUAGGAUGUCACUACUGUUUCUAUACUGUGACCAUAAACAUAAUGAAAACA